AUGGCCGGUGCCACGCUGUGGGUGUUUAGCUACGGCACGCUGCGCGCACCAGAGCUGCAGGAGAUUCUAUUGGGUCGAAGGGUGGAGAUGCGGCGCGCCGUGCUGGAGGACUUUGCUGUUCAGGUGGACCCGCACUUGGGCUACCUCAUGCUGGCGGUUUCACCAGGGAGUCGUGUUGAGGGCUGUCUGCUGGAGGUGACGCCGGCCGAGUUGCUGCGCUUUGAUGCAUGGGAGGAGGUGCCGCUCUAUCAACGCGCGCAAGUGCAAGCCCGCCUCGCGCACACCCACGAGCUCGUUUCAGCGAUUUGCUACCUGCGUCCUGACGUUCAGGGUGAGCCAGUGUCAGAUCCCAACUGCCUCGCCACUAAAGACUGGACCCUGGUAUUGGCGGAGGCGCGGGAUCUCGCAGCCACGCUGCCUCCGCUCUGAACGCAGCAGUGUCUAACCUUCAAAGAAAAACCAUCGCAAGCCGGCAUCGAUCGAGCCCCCCGCCCCCCGGCCCGAGCUGGUGUGUGCGAGCAAGGAGGCUCUGGGUGAGAGCGCGCACGUCGUGCCCAAAGCUGCACACGAGCACUCUUUGCAUUAAUGUCGAGCAUAUUAGACUUGUUGUAGAACUGUAACGAAACCUUUAGUUGGCUUUUGCAGACAAAUUGAGAGAAACCG